ACCAAAACAAACCACGAAUCUCACACAACGGGAAGGAAGCUAAAUAAACGCACUCGAAUCGAAGCAAAUCUCCCGCACUGGUUACCACGACGACGGAGCAAGAAUCUCACCAUCAGCGUAUCGUGUCCCCGAAUCUCCGAAAUAGUAUAUAGUCACGCGUGUUGUCAUAAAAUUAAUGUGUCGCCAGACAGCUAAAAAACACGGUGCUAUAAUUGGGUCUGAAUCAUCCCGUGCGCAAUCUGUGGUGCUGAGAAUCCAUUCGUUUCCGGGAAGCCGAACGUGGCGUAGCGUCAAGUGGAUUUUUUUUUUCUCUGAAGUGAGGUUUCAAGGGCCAAGAAGAAAGGUCGCUCUGGCUGAUGCAACAGUAUCAUCAGUGGUCCUUCAUCCUUCCAGACAGCAAAAGCAAGCCCCCCGUCAUUCGUUUGCAUUAACAUGUCUAAUCGCAUGCGCAUCACUUACCUACAGCUGGCGGAAGAAAAAAAAAACAUUGUCCCUCCAUUUCACCUGUUGAAUGCUCCUGAUUCCUCUUUUCUUGCUACCAGGCCCCACCACUAGUCAGAAUUAUUAAUUAAUGGGGCGUUUCUUUUUCGUACCACCAUUUCGACGCGCUGAAAGAUAGUUACGUUGCCAGUGCCUGCCUUACAAAAUGAACAUACUUUUGGAAUCGCUGGCAGAGACAACCGGAAGCAUUUGGAACAUGUUCUUCCCACCCUCUUCCGCCUCAUCCGAUUGGCGCCGAACGUUCGACGCGAUAAAAGCCGGUCACGAUGAAGCGUACGUCACGGUCGAACGUGCGAUCAAGCUCGAAGAGCACGAACGUCCCGAUCUGGCACUUCAGGCGUACAAAGAUGGCAUCCGCCGGAUUGACGAAACGCUCGCCCUUCCGGUAGCGGUUCCCAACCUUCAGGUGCAGGGCCCCCAGGCGGACGAAAGCUGGAAGCAGGCGGUCGCGAUGAUACACAAGCUCAAGCGUACCCGCGGCGAAGUGCUGCAACGCAUCGGUCAGCUCGGUGGGAAUGGGGCGGAAGUGGGUGUCGGUGACAGUGGCUCACAGAACGGAAACGAAAGCACCACCACCACCACCACCGGUCAACGUCCCUGGACAUACACGGAGCUGGCGAUGGCACUGCAGGAUAUGUCCGCGGAAGGUUCGGAAGGUGCGGCAGCGGCGACGUGCGGCAUGGAACUGCUGUUCUCGUGCGACGGCGUGCAGGUGUACUACAUCGAACCGGACGGUGUGGUCAGCAGAACGAUGGCCGACUCGACCCUACGAAUCGUGCGCAUAGAGGGUGACGAAGGCAGACAGCUGCAGGCCACAGUGUUUCUGCAGGUGAUCGAAACACGGUCCACCGUACGCAUCGAGAAUGCCGAAGAACCAUGGGAAUUGAUGCAGGAGCAGCAGCCAGCAGCGAACGGCGAGACAGCUUCCUCACCGGUACAGGUGGAAGAACCGUCGGAAGCGAAACCCGCCCAACAGUCGUCGUCCGAUGCGUCCGAACCACCACCACCUGCCGGCUUUCUUAUCUAUCCGCUCAUUCCGGGUGUAUCGCCCUGCUAUCGUACCGAAUACGGUGCGUUCAUACUGCCCGAUCUGGCGGCCGAGCAUGAUGUGGCGGGCCGUGCGAUCGGGUUGGUUGUACCGGUCGGAGCGGAUGAGGUUGUGCUGGAGAUAUUGGUGGCUUUCCUGCACGGGAUCGUCGCACAACCAGCAGGGCCGCGUAUCAGCAAACGGUCCCUGCUGCCCGACUCAACCACCAUCUCCGCUGGCAUCAUCAAGGGUGCGUUCUAUCUGUCCAAGGGCUUGGAGCGUGGUGCCGAACGCACCGGCCAGCUGAUCGCUACCGGCACACCGUACGUCAUCUCGAAACUCGGCCAAAAGCAAACCGCACAGCCAGACGCACCGGAUGCUGCCACCGCUAACAACGUUCAGGUGCCGAAAAACGUCCGCACCGGCAUCGAAAUUGCAAAAACCGUCACCGGUACGGCGGCUGGCGUGACUAGCUAUGUGGCGGGUAAGGUCGGUUCGGCCACGAUGGCACUCGGGCGCUUCCUGGCACCCCACAUACAACGACACGGCAGUGCCCUGCUCUCGUACAGUACGGGCAUGAGCGAACAGGCCGCCUCGGAGCGGAUGCACGGUGCGCUCACGAUCUGUGCCGGUGCCGUCGAAGGGUUCGGCACCGUGUACGAAGGACUGGAACGGUCGGCCUCGAUCCUGGGCAAAAGCUUAAGCACCAGCACGGUGCAGAUUGUGGAGCAUCGGUACGGUACGGAGGCGAGCCGCGUCGUGGGCAGCUCCCUGGACACGGUCGGCAACGUGAUCAAUGUUACGCACAACAUGAACUACAUGACACCGAAGGGACUGGCCAAGCGAACGGCCAAGAAUGCGGGCAAAGCGCUGGUGGCCGGCUACCGGCCAACGGUACCGGAAGUGGAUGGGGAAACGUCGUCCAGCAGUGGACUGGAGCAGCCGCCGCGGGACCAACAGCGCAUCGUACCGGCGGCCGUGCUUUAUCCGGAUCUGGAGGGAUUAGCCAGGGAGGUGCGUCAGAAGGAAGAAGGAAACGCUUAAAGCAGAUGGAGGUGAGAACCUGAUGGGGGGAGGAAGACGAGGUAAACCUUAAAUAGCUAAAUAUCCAGAAAAAAAGUCUGUGGGUUGGUACGGUGGAAUAUCUGUUAUAGUAAGUGUUGUUAAGAAUCUCAUAUACCCAAAGGUGUCAUGAAAAUGUUGAAACUUGGAAUUGCUUUUUUAAUUAUGUUAUGCUUGUAUUAAGGGUGUUUUAUUGUAAGGAUAUUUACCAGGCAAAGUUGUCAUUCAAGAAGAUUAGAUCGAUUUACUUCUCUGCAGGGACCAUAGCAACGGUUGGACGGAAUACUUGCUCUUCCCACAAAUAUUCUCCUCACAGUCUAGUUGGCCAUGAUUCUCCACUUUCAAGAAUCCUCAACCUACUUACAGUGCCUCGGAACACCGGACAGCUUGAAGUGAGUGUGAUCAUGAUUGUCCAGCUCAUCCUAAGCAUCGUCAAGAUCGACGUUCAAAGUGUCCGGAUAUCCGAGCAAGCCACUCAGAUUUCCUACAAUAAUAUUCCUCGACCCAUUAGCGUACAUAGGGCAAAACACUACAGCCAGCACAACGGUGAAAGAGACAAUAGCUUUUAACCGAAUGAAUUUAGUAUAUAUCGGAUGAGAAAAGUCUGAACUGAUGAAAUGAGGUGAAAAUGAUUUUAACAAACCGAUUCAAUAAAUACACAUGUUAUUCCUUUUGUUAAAGGAUCAGGCACAGGA